AUGUCCUCGACCUCGCCCCCGACUUCUUGUACUAAUCGCUUGCGCCGCGUCACCUCGUGGGCGGAGAGGCCGUCCGCGAGGUCCUCGGCCAGCGCCUCGAGCGCGUGCUCGAGGUCGCCGCGCGCGGACGCGAGCUCCGGCGACGAGGAGCUGUGGGUUAGGCUGCGGAUCCGCAGGUACGAGGCGAAGAGCGGUACCAAUAUGGGGCCGAUCAAGCCUUUGCCAUACCCAGAUUGUUGGGAUAGUACGGAAGCAUAUGUCGAACAGCUCCUGAAGUUUGCAACAACGUCACACACUUUUCAGGUAUUGUGUGGAGGCGUACAUAUCUUAGAUUUCUUCACAAAUGAGCCUGGGCUUUUUCAGGGAAUCAUACCAAAAGAUUGGCAACCUUAUAUCCUACAAUGCGAACCUAUGAGGUUUCUGGAUCUUCUCAUGAGAGAUGACUUGGACAAAAUCCAAGACCCUCAGCCACCCGAAAGUUUGCUGAAAUAUAUUAAAGAUAUACGGAGGUUUUCGUUGGCACGCGAGUUUUCCUCGAAGGAGAAGCUUCCUAAGCUGACGCGCCUGGUGUCGGUCGGGAUGAAACCGAAGAAAGUGCACGAAGUGAGCAACUUCGCAAAGUACGUGGACACACUUGCCAGUAAUAUUUCCACCGAAUAUCAAAGAGAGGUUACGCAUUUCGUUGAUUUCGGAAGCGGCCAGAAUUAUCUAGGAAGAGCGUUAGCGAGCUCUCCUUAUAACAAGCAGAUUGUAGCAGUGGAAGGUCGAGAGCACAAUAUAGUGGGCGCAAAGGAGCUUGAUAUGCGCGCAGGAAUCUCCGAGAAGCGAAGAGUUAUCCGGAACAAGAAACUGUGGAUGCAGAAGCUCAAUGGUACAACCCCCGAAGACCAAUUAGAAUUACAAGGGGCUUCUGAUCCCGCCAAAGAUCUAGGCGGGUACGUACCUGAUUUUAGACCUCGAAGUGAGGUUGGAACGAUAUACGUGCCCGAAGAGGGAAAAGGCUUCAUAAGAUACAUUGAAGGGAGACUAGAAUCAGGAGAUCUGACAGAUGUUAUCAACCAACUUGAACGGGAGCCCCUUGCCGUGGAGAAAGGACGGGGCGAUCCUAGCCUGAUGGCUAUUUCUAUUCAUUCCUGUGGCAACCUGUCACACCAUGGUAUACGGUCUUUAAUUCUCAACCCGAGAGUCCAAGCUAUUGCUAUCGUCGGCUGCUGCUACAACCUGAUGACGGAAAAGCUAGGGCCUCCUACAUACAAAACUCCAUAUAUGAGGCCAAGUCUUCAGGCUCUUAACGGCCGGGUGGUAAGGGAAUCUGAGAGACGUGACCCACAUGGGUUCCCGAUGAGUGAUCGCCUCUGCAACUACAACGGUGUUGGACUUCGGCUUAAUAUUACGGCUCGGAUGAUGGCAUGUCAGGCACCGCAAAAUUGGACCGAAGCUGAGAGUGAUGCCUUCUUCACAAGACACUUCUAUCGCGCCGUUCUACAAAAAAUGUUUCUUGAUAGAGGUGUCAUCACCAAGGUUUAUCACAACGACGAACUCGCGGAUGAUGGCAAUCCGCCGCAGAGCCCGUUCAACAUGAGUACCAACCCGGUCAUUAUCGGCUCUCUCCGGAAGUCAUGUUAUAAGACAUUCGGGUCAUACGUGAGAGGGGCGAUUAAUAAGCUGACUACAAAUUCGGAGUAUCACGAAUACUGCGACAUAAUUAGUGAGAAAAUGAUUGACGUCACGGAUGAGGAAAUUGCGAGAUAUGAGGAGUCGUACGGUCCGCGCAAGCGGGAACUCAGUGCCAUCUGGAGCCUCAUGGCUUUUAGUGCUAUGGUUACCGAAUCCCUAAUAGUGACCGACAGGUGGCUGUUUCUCCGGCAACAUCCAAACCUAGUACAAGAUAGCUGGGUAGAGACAGUAUUCGAUUAUCGCGAAAGUCCUCGGAACCUGGUUGUGGUUGGAGUCAAACGCCCAAUCUCUUGA